AAGAAUAAAAAUAAUAGGAGCAAUGAUUCAGAUUGGAAAGAACACCAGUGGAAGCCAAAAAGGAAACAAGAAAAACUAUCAGAUGAACUCAAGCUCAUAUAACUCCAUGAUUAUUGAUAGUACCAAUCGCAGACAAAAGCUAAUGAACCAUAUGAGGAAAACGACAGGAAGCGAAGAUAGUAAAACUAAUGAAAGCAUGAUAGGACUCAAUAAGACUUCUUAUUCAAGCACAGAUAACCAAAACUUAAAAAUCAAUCAAUCUAACUCUGGGAGUACUAGCUUUAAAGCUAAUUCAUCAUACUUAUCAGAAACUAAUGCCAAAAAGACUGGGAAUCUCUCUCCCACUCUCCCAUAUGCAAACAAUCAGGUUAAACCUUUAAAAUAAAGGUAAAAGGAAAACAUUUUCUAGUGCAAAGAAGAAAACUUCCUCUAUAAAGAUGGUAAAUUCGUCAGCCAAAUCUAUUUCCCCUUCACUUAAAGUCAAAAGAGCAAAAGGUAAAUCAAUCCCAUUUGGAAAGAUGGCCAAUAUAAACAUGACCAGAACCAAAGAUGUCCAUGAUUCCCCCUGCUCUUCUUUUACUAUGGAUGGGGGAGGCGCUAACUCGACUAAGGUCGGAGGUAAAAACCUUAUUGAUGAAUUUAAUCAGAAAUACUCUUGAAGUGAACACAAUGGCAAUAUUGACCCAGACAGCGACAAAAACAGUGACUCAGAGACUACAAAUACAGCUGAAGCCACUGAUGGAAAUGUAGCUAUCAUUCAUGUCAUUGAUGAGACUAAGAAAAGGAGGCAAGACUUCAAAUGAUCUACCUCUAAACUCCUUAAGCAUAUGAAAUAUUUUGAAAAAUAGCAUCAAUGGGUGAGAAGAUAGAACAUAUAAGCUCUUAGAUAUAAGCGUUCACUGAGAUUUAGAUACAUUCGAAUGGCUUAUAAAGUACAUCCACCUUGACAGACAGGUAAUUCAUAAAGAAAUGCAUGCAGGAUCGGAUAGUACAUCUUGUGAGACAACUGAAACUACCAACAAUGCAAACAUAAAAAUUGUAAACGGAGUCCAAGUGCUCCCAAUGUUUGAUGCGAUUAAGAUGUAUGAAGCCAGCAUUCUUAGGCCUAUUAGCGAUUUGACUCUCAGCUUAUCCAAUAUCAUCACCUUGCUGGUUGCUGCAGAGUAUCUCAAAAUGGAUAAACUCAAGGAAGAGUGAAUUGAAUUCAUUGGGACACACUUUGAAGAUAUUUGCAAGCUAAAAAUAAAUAUGAACUUCCUCAAGCCUGAAACACUUGAAAAGCUAGCUUCUUUAGUUGAUGUUGAAGUACUUGACAUUAUGAGAGAAAGAAAAGAUAAGUUCAUCAGUAAACUAUUUGACAAGAAGCUUGAGCAGCUGUUAGAUGAUCAUUCCAAGAGACUACAAAGAUGCAUUUUCUGAGAUACAUUAUACACUGACAACACUCAGAUUGUUUGAAAUCAAAAUCCUGAUUACUUCAUUGAUGCUCACGGAAGAUUGAUGUGAUAUCACAUUGCCGAUCCAGACUUUGAUACUCUAAAAUUCAUUCGCUUUGUCAAAGAAAGAUAUAGAGUCUCUUGGAGAGAACUUUAUUGGAAAAUAUGGUCUUUUAAUUACACAUUAGAAUGAUCAUCUUGAAACCAAGAAUUUGCUCUUCCAAAAUAUUGAUUUUGCAGUAGUGAGACCCAUGCUCACCAAAACAGCAUCCUUGAGCAAAGUGGGAUAAACAAAUCCUCUUUAAUCAGAGAGGAAUAUCAUUCUGUUCAGAACAAAGCUUCAACGAUCUUGCAAUCAAUGCUUAAAAGAAAACAUAUUAUUUGAGAGUCCCAUAUUCUCUCACAAAGUGAGCAUAAGCCUCAACCAUAUUCUGAAGACACCAUCUUCAAAGCAAAAAUCUUAAGUGGAGAAAAAUCUGGAGAGGGUCAAAACAAAUCAGACGGGUCUAAACCCUUCCAUAAGCGAAUCAAUCACUUCGAAGGAAUGAACGAGGAUGAGAUUAAGUUUUUCACCCCCACUCAGCAGGGAGAGCUCCUUAGUUGCAACUACAGGCUCAGUCUUCACCAAGCUCUUCAAGAUUACCUCUCCGACUGUAGGACAAAAGAAGGAAGACCUUCUGAUGAAAAAUCAGAUUUCGAAAUUGAAGAAGAUAUUGAGGAAGCAGAGAAAGACGGCAUGCCUCAUCCCAACUUCUUUGAUAUCAAUAUCAAGCACGAAAGGAUUUACAAAGAAUUCGACUACAUUAAUAAAAGAAUUGAGGAGAGGAAGAAGACUCGGAUAAAACAAGCCAUCCGAUCUCAUAAACGACAGGUCAAAGAACAAGAAAACAAACUCAAAGAGGCCAAAGACAAAGACAAGGAUGAACCUUUCCAAGGCUCCAUAGCUGGCGAGAAAGACAGCGGAGCUAAUAUCACUUCAAUAAAGUUUGACGAUGACUCCGACAAGGAUGAAAGAGAGGAGACUAAGCAAUCCCAACUGGAUGAUAACCCUCUUGUCGAUUCUGGAUCUGGACAAAGAUUUGUAGAAGACUUGGCAAAACCGGAAGAGAAGUCACUUGUCGUUAAGCAAAAUCCUGUUAUGACCCCAGAAGAAAUGAACGAGAAAAUAAACGAAAUAGAUAGAAAAAUGCAGAGCAGAAUAAAACUGUCUAGGAAAAUGAUACUAAGAGACAUGGAUGCUAAAAUCAUGACUUCUCUGUCUAAAGCAGUCAAAAUGAAAAGAGAAAAGAAUUCUCCUUUGAAGACUCUCACUUCUUCUAACAGUGGAUUUAGGAUAAAGAAGAGUGUGAAAUCAAGACAUCGAAAGCUAAAAGAUAGAAUGAGUCCUCAAAGUAAAGUCUUUUCCAACCCAGGCCCAUAUUUGAAGCCAAAUACUGUGAAUUGAAAAAGACCUGGAUCUCAAGAAAAGUAUUAAGCAAUUUCAUACAAUAUAUAUCCUAUUUACACCAACAUCUAAAUUACUUAUGGAAAGCCAUAGAGUAUCAGACAUAUUUGUGUGUUUAAGCUAAGUUUGAC